GUAGAUGGCUGAUGGCCCCCUUGGUCCUUCCCUUCUGCUCAGUCUCCAAUUAAAUGCUAUCAUCGCCUUUAAUGCUCUCUUUCCCUCCUCUGCAACCUCUACUUACAAUAUCUUUACAUACACAUAUACAUACAAUACAUACAUGUAUGUAUAUGUAUGAUUUGAAGCGACAACACAACUGACGUACACACACACACACAAUAAUAUAUAUUGUGUCUUUUUGGUUUUCGAAUCCAAUCUCCGCUAUUAAUGCUUCCUUCCUGCAAAAUUUCUCCUCGUUGCUUUGCGUAUUCAGCUCUUACCACCUAUUAUCACUAUUAUAACUUCAAGGUUUUGAUUCAGAGUCGUUGAAAAUGGGGAGAGCGCCUUGUUGUGAGAAGACGGGAUUGAAGAGAGGGCCAUGGACUCAAGAAGAAGACGAACUGUUGAUUGAGUAUAUCAAGAAGAACGGCCAUGGAAGCUGGCGAUCUCUACCUAAACUCGCUGGUUUGCUCCGGUGCGGUAAGAGUUGUCGGCUCCGGUGGACAAACUACCUUCGACCGGACAUCAAGCGCGGUCCCUUUAGCCCCGAAGAAGAAAAACUCGUCAUCCAACUGCAUGCCAUUCUCGGCAAUCGAUGGGCUGCAAUUGCAGCCCAAAUACCAGGAAGAACGGAUAACGAGAUCAAGAAUUUAUGGAACACUCACUUGCGAAAACGUCUUCUUUCCAUCGGAAUCGACCCACAAACCCACGAGCCGACCGCCGUAUCGGGCCCGCUAAAACGACCGCCGGCCUCCCCGUCCACCCGCCACAUGGCGCAAUGGGAGAGCGCCAGGCUGGAGGCCGAAGCACGUCUUUCGAUGGAAUCAUCUCUACUUUUAAGCUCAUCGAUAACAAACAAAAGAAUCAACAACACCGCUAACGCCGACUAUUUUCUCCGAAUUUGGCAUUCCGAAGUUGGGAACUCGUUUAGAAGCAUGAAUAAGGUUGUGUGCUCUAGUCCGGCUUCACAAGCCUCGGUUUCCGGGACGACUAUGGAAACGGUACACAAACCGGAAUUGGAAUCGGAAUUGAAAUUCGAGGGUAAAAACGGACAUUUCUACACCGGAAUCACACAUUCCUCGAGCUCGGAUGAAGUUGAAGAUUCGUCGGAUACCGCAUUACAGUUGUUUUUUGAUUUCCCUGGUCAAAAUGAUAUGAGCUUCUUAGAAGCUCAUUUCAAUUAAAGUUGAACUAGAAGAGAAACUGUCUGACAGACAGCUUGUUUCAGACAGGUUCUCUUCUGGUAUUAGUUUUUAUGAAAGAAGACAAAGAUAUUUGAGUACGAGGUCUUCGUUGUAUUGUAAUUUUAUAUAUAUAAUCAUGACGCUUUUAUGAGCUUAGGUGUGAAACAACUAACUGUUAUGAACUUAGCUAUGAAAGUAGAUGACUGUUUUGGAACAAUGAUGUUGACGAAUGAUAUUUAGC